AUGCACAUCGAACUCCCCAGCCUGCCAUCAUCGCCGCACUCAAGCGCCCUACCCUCGCCUCCGGAUAGUCCCAAUUCGGUAUCAUCACUGCCAUCCCUCAACUCGUCUUUCUUCUUGUCGUCGGCCGACGUCAGCCCGCCCCAUCCUGCUACCGACGUCGCCCGCGACUCGACCGCCGGUCUUGUGAUCCCCUCGCUCACAUUACCACCCGCCUUGAGCCAGCCGACGGCGUACGGGAAGACGCUGGCGGAUCUGCGGCUGAUUGUGCUGGGCGGAAGCGCCGAAUUCUUGUUGGAUGGGAACAAGGACAUUGUUGAUGUUGCUCAACCCGAGGCAGCUCCUCUCCGCGGCGCACGCAUCAUCCGAGCGUCUACAGACUGGAUCGAGCACUCUGACGGCCACGGCCUCGACCGCUUCGAGCCGUCGCACAACGUCGAGAUAUUGGAGAUAGCCCGGAGCGGGGGAGGGCACGACAUGAGCCGCCUGACAGAGCAGCUCUUGAAUAUCGUUCACGCGCCCUUUCGCGAAGUGCACGAUUUGCUCGAUCCCACCCCUACCAACUCGGCACUUCUCUCGAAUCUAGUCUCAUCUCCCACCUCGCCCUUGUAUACCGCCUUCAUCGUCUUGUCGUCCGGUCUGUCCACCCAAGAACGUUCUUUGAUAGCCGCACUGGGUACCGCCGUACCCGUCAUCAUCUUGCCGCCUGUGGCUGGUACCCACACCCGCGUCCGCCUUCCGCUAUCCACAUUCAGACCGCAGACGCCGGUUGCCCUACGUACGGCGCUCUUUCGCGCCCCCGAUACUUUGGCCACCCUGCGUACAGAGGCUGCCGAUCGCUUCUUCGCCUGGCGCGAGCGCGAGAUGGUCGCCGCACGACCGCGCGCUUCAUCUGCCUCUUGGGACAAGUCGGCUUGGGAAGCCGAUUGGGCUGCGACCAUGUCCCGAGCAGCAAGCAGGCGCGCGAAACCUACGACAGGCGGAGAGCCUGCGCCGCCCUGCGUUCCCCUGGACCCGCUUCACCUUCCUUCACUGCUUGCAUUCUCGCUCUCUCUAUUUACGCCGACGCGGGAACGGCUAAGGCGUAUCAGCCUGACAGGCCGCGGGCUCGGCUUGGCGCUGCUCGGCACGCUCUGCGUUGGGAUCGGGCUUGGACUUGGGAUGGCUCUGCGCCUCCCGGCGUUCGUUGCUUGA